AUGCGUGUGUCCACACUCACUCUCCAGGUCCUCCCGACGGCCAUGAACACUACAUCUUCUGCAGCACCUUCCUUGCUAGGUGUCAAGUUCAUCUCUCCGCUGGCUAUCAUCCUACUGUCAGUGGCGCUGGCUGUGGGGCUUCCCGGCAACAGCUUUGUGGUGUGGAGCAUCCUGAAAAGGAUGCAGAAACGCUCUGUCACUGCUCUGAUGGUGCUGAACCUGGCCCUGGCCGACCUGGCCGUAUUGCUCACUGCUCCCUUUUUCCUUCAUUUCCUGACCCAAGGCACCUGGAGUUUUGGACUGGCUGGUUGCCGCCUGUGCCACUAUGUCUGCGGCGUCAGCAUGUAUGCCAGCGUCCUGCUCAUCACAGCCAUGAGUCUAGACCGCUCGCUGGCGGUAGCCCGCCCCUUUGUGUCCCAGAAGUUACGCACCAAGGCUUUGGCUCGGCUGGUGCUGGCAGGCAUCUGGGUGGUGUCCUUUCUGCUGGCCACACCCGUCCUCGCGUACCGCACAGUGGUCUUAAAAUCGAACAACAUGAGCCUGUUUUGCUUCUCGAAGUACCCCACUGAAGGGCACCGGGCCUUCCAUCUAAUCUUCGAGGCCCUCACGGGCUUCCUGCUUCCCUUCCUGGCUGUGGUGGCCAGCUACUCCGACAUUGGGCGCCGGCUGCAGGCCCGGCGCUUCCGCCGCAGCCGCCGCACCGGCCGCCUGGUGGUGCUCAUCAUCCUGGCCUUCGCCGCCUUCUGGCUGCCCUACCACGUGGUGAAUCUGGCCGAAGCAGGCCGCGCGCUGGCCGGCAAGGCCGCAGGGUCCGGGACCCUGGGGCUGAAGCUGCAGCUGGCCCGCAAAGUGCUCAUCGCGCUCGCCUUCCUGAGCAGCAGCGUGAACCCCGUGCUGUAUGCCUGUGCCGGCGGCAGCCUGCUGCGCUCGGCGGGUGUGGGCUUCGUGGCCAAGAUGCUAGAGGGCACGGGCUCCCAGGUGUCCAGCACCCGCCGCGGGGGCAGUGUGGGCCAGAGCGUCAAGAGCGUCCCCGCCACUCUGGAGCCCGGCCCUGCCGAGAGCCUUACUGCCACCUCCAGUCCUCUAGAGUCAAGCGAACUGACCUAGGCCUCGUGGAAGGACGCUCACUUUUCUCCUGGCAGAAUGCCAGCUCUGAGCCAGGAGCAGCAGGGGUAUGGACAGCAUUGGGGCGUGGGAGGCGGGGGGGGGGGGGCGGGGGGAGAAGUGGAAGAAGAGGGAGGGCUGGAGCAAGUGAGAGCAGAGUGAGAGAGUGCUCCAGCCUGGCUCCCACAGGCAGCUUUAACCAUUAAAAUUGAAGUCUGAAAUUGCGUCAGCCUUGUUGAGUGGGGUACAUGUGCUGUGGCUAUCAGGUUGCUCGUGGGCAUCCUGGUGGGGCCCCUCUCAGUAGUUUAGAGUCAUGUCCUUUGGUUCCCCAUGAUUUACAAUGUUGGAAGGGACACAAAGACAGACAUAGACUGCCCCCAACCUAGAAGAUUCCAAGUCCAUAGUCUGCAGAUCAUACUUAGCAAAAUACAGUCCACAGACUCUGAAAGCAGCUUGUCUAGAAAGACAACCCAUGCAGGCUUAUCACUCCAGGCCCUGUGACUCAGGGACCUUUUGAGAAAACAGAACUGCUGUGAAACAUCUUCCCUGAAGCCUGUGACAGGUAUCCUUGUUAGCAUGACCCCAACUUACUGCCAAUAAUCUUUGUCCUCUCCAUAGGAGAUGUUCCUGGGGACUGCCUUCCUUCCCUCCAUUUCACAAGGAAACCAGACUUGAGGACCAAGUUAUUAGAUCUUAUUCCAUAGAAUUCUGCACAUCAGCAUCUGCUAACCUCCACAACACACUCUGGUACAGGGUGGGGCUGAGGGCCCCAGGAAACAAAGAUUCCCAAAAGUGAGAGGCAUAAGUCAUUAUUUCCCAGAGAUGACUGUUGUUGUGGAGAAACUUGAUCAAACUCUGUUCUGACAAGGUUUUAGGAAGAUGGCAACAACAGUGGCAGCAGUGUACUUUUUGGCUCUUUCUCAUUACAAAAACAAAACAGCAAGUAGGAGAGUGAAGCCAAAUAUCCACAUGCAACAUCCACAGCAAACCUAGUAUGUUAAGAUAUCUCCCAUGGACCCAAAAAUAUGAGCCAGUGAGAAUGAGCUGUCAAUACCUCAAGACCCAUGUACCAGCAUCUGUGCAGACGGAUGCAGAAGGAAGCAAAGGGAUAUCGGAUGGACCUCUAAACUGUCCACAGGUCCUUACUGGAAAGCAUAGUGUACCAAUCAGAACAGCAGCGGAAACUGGGAGGGACCUAAUAGAUUAUUUCCCAGGCCUCUCACCCAUUCUGUAUAGUGAGCACAUAAUAGGUACUUAUUUAGUGUUUGUUGAAUGAAUAAAGUUCAAAUGACAUUUCCCUGGA